CUCGUAGCCUUGGCGCGAACUUUUGACAUGCACCAACAGACACGCCCAUAGCGAUCGCAACGCACAAGAUACCCACCAUGAGCGCCCAAAAGUCUGUCGAGAUUGCAAAGUCACUGCCGCCGCGGUUACUGCGCUUCUUCCAAAAGUACCCGCCGCCAUCGCUCUUUCCCAGUCUCUCCUCUCAACUCGCAUCGCCGACUUCACACUCAACCCCAGACACAAUAUCGACAACCCCACCAACCGACCCCAAUGCCUCCAUGACCGAGGCGUCGGCGCCGGAGGUCACACCCAGACCCUCAAAUGCGCCCUCGAGUUCAAAUAUACCGCCAGAAGCGCACGAUCUGCCGUACCCAAAUCCAUUUCUCCCACAUAAGAACUUCGCAACCGGACGGUGGCACUCCCCCGCUUACGGUCUACGGAAGCAAGCCGACCUCGUAAAGCUCGCAUCAGAACAUGGCGUCGUUGAUCUCCUCCCCUGGACCAUCAAGAAGCCAGGCGAGAAGGAAAGGCGGAGGGUAGAAAGAGGACUGCAAGUUAAGGGCACAGGCGAGGGACAGAAGGUCAAGGGAAAGCUCUGGGAGCGAACAUUGAAGGGACGUCUAGAGAUGAGGAGGCAAGCUAUGCUGAACAUGCCCGCUUUGAUCCAGGAAUGGAAGCAGAGGGGACAUGGAAGAGGUUGGAAGAAGUGGCCGAGUGGAAAGGCGAAAUAGACUGCAUCUUCUUGAACCCCUUUGGAAAACAACCGUUCGAAUGUACCAAUACUGUUUUGUUUCAUCACACAACGAAACCUAAGUGCAGCUCAAUCGAUACAUUGCAAUGUAGUUCUGCCUGGGUAUCCUGCUAACCGAAGUAUCUCAUGUACGACAAUCCUUCGACGUUAUUGUUCGCGUGUGCAACUAGUUCUGGGUAUAAUAUAGGAAACAAGAAUGUGCACACA